AAAUCGCGCCAGAACCUCCUCGACAAGAUGCUUCGCAUCGUUCAUGUCAUCCGAAAAAUACACCGUGCCAACCGACGACUUCUGCUCACAUGACAUCCCGGAAACAAAACAAAACAGAACACACGAAGAGAAACCUUCAUUAACCUCUCAAUUUACUCCCCUCUCAACAUAUUCUUUACUCCUUACAACAUGAACUCCGAAGAAACAUUACUCGCUAUGGACUUCGAUGAUACCAUCAUCGAUGGGGAUUCAAGUGAAGCAGCGAUCGAACUGGCUCCAGAAGGAGAAUUGCCCAAAGAAUUGCAGUCCAUUCGGCCGCAAGUGGAACAUGCAACCUUCAUGGGCGCUGUUUUCGGAUAUCUUCGACAGCAGGGAAUUACCGCGCACCAAAUCUUGGCUAAGGUGCGCAUGCUCAAGUUCGCCCCGGGAAUGCAAGAAGUAUUUUUUGACAUUUACAACUCGGAACAAGAGGCCAUCAUCAUCUCAGACGCCAACUCCGUGUUCAUCGACUCGAUUCUCCAACACAAAAACCUCAACAACGUCAUUCCAAAAUACAACGUCUACACCAACCCAGCUUGCGUGAACCCCCACAGUCAUCAAAUCCGCAUCCAACCCUAUGAAUGCCAACGUCAAUGCGAUCUCUGCCCUCCGAAUCUAUGCAAGGGCCAAAUCCUCAUGCGACACAUUUCAAAACGCCGAGCAAACAAUUUGAAAACGUUUCACAUAGUCUACGUCGGGGACGGUGUCAAUGAUUAUUGUCCUUGCAUGCGACUCGGCUCCAACGACAUAAUCUUUUGUCGGAAAAAGUUUGCGUUGGAGCAGCUCCUCCAGUGCGAACUCGCCAAACCAGAAGAAGAAAAACGGCUCUACGCCGAGGUCAGGUUCUACACUGACGCAUUCGCCAUCAGGGACCGGAUGAGGAUAGACAAUGUGUUUUUCCCAGCUAGAACCAUGACUCCUCCGACUGUUCCUUCGUCCACCACGACGCCUUGUAAUCCCAGCGAAGACUCCAAAUGCGAAGAGGAGGAGGAAGAGGAAGAAGAAACCACGUCCUCCUCAUCCAGUGAUGCUAAAGGGAAGAAAGCGCCAAGCAAGGACCUCGGGAAGGCCGGGAAAGGUGGAAAGGAUGGAAAGAAAUCUAGCAUCGAUGCAGGGAAGCCCAGAAAAGGAAGCACCGGGAAAGGGAAAGACAAAAGGGGCUCCACUGGGAAGGGCAAGGGGAAAAAGUGAUCCUUCCACAACGCCUCGUUUUGUUUGUUCAAGUUUCUGCAUUACCUGUAAUCCCAGCAUCUCGAAAAGAUGGUCAAAGAGAAUUACAACUGAAGCAUUCAGAUGAA